GCCACUUGCAGGCUGGAACUCUGCCACAGUUUCCCACAUUUUUCUCCAUUAAAGGAGAAUCCAUUUUUCAAGUUUGUUGAUUCCUUUUUAAAGUUUGUUCACGACCCUUUCAAAUAUUCUUGCAACCCACUUUUGGGUUGCGACCCACAGGUUGAGAAACGCUGCUCUAAAUCAUCCCAGGUUGAAGAAAAUAGAGGUUCCCAAAAUGAAUGACUACAUAGUGCUUGCAAAUUCCUACCUAAGAUAUCCAACACCUAUCAAAAAACUAUAACUCUAUCUCCAAUGUACUAGAUGCUUUUGAAAAGUGGCUUCCUGGAUGAUUAAUUAAGAGAUUUUGUUCAUUUCCACUUAAUACUGGUGAAGAGGUGAGAAGCAACUCUUCAAAAUGAAAACCUCUCUGAAUUUUGUCCAUAUUUCUAAAAUACAAUGUUUUCAAGGUAUUGCAUUGAUACAGCUCUUUAUUUUGCAGAAGUCUAUACUAACUUAUGCUGCUCUAUAGCCACAAAGACUGAAUCAGUGGUCAUGUGUGUUGGGUAUCGCUUAGCUCCCGAGCACCCAUUUCCAGCCCAGUUUGACGACUGUCUCGCUGCUACCAUCCACUUUAUGAGGACGGCAGAAGACUAUGGGGUGGACCCCACUCGUAUUAUUGUCUGUGGAGACAGCAGUGGAGGCACAAUUGCUACUGCUGUUUGCCAGGCCCUGGUGGACAGAACGGACCUCCCCAAGGUGCGGGCACAGAUGGUGAUCUACCCAUUUCUCCAGGCUGUGGACUUUAACUUGCCUUCAUAUCAGCAGAACCAUACAAUGCCCCCUUUGUUAAGGAAAUGGACUAUUCAUUUGGGUCUGAGGUAUUUAAAUAUUGAUGUAUCAGUGGUAGAUGGCAUUCUUAAAGGUAUUCAUAUUCGUGAAGAUCUCAGGGAGAAAUAUAGCAAAUGGCUGAGUCCAGACAAUAUCCAGAAUGAAUUUAAGAUCAGGGGCUAUGAGCCACCCAAACUCUAUCCAUGUGUAGAAGAGUAUUGUAUCAAAGCCCAGGCAUUUCUGACACCAACUUUUUCCCCACUUUUAGCCGAAGACGAUGUUAUUCGUCAGCUCCCUGAAACUUUCAUUUUGACCUGCGAGUAUGAUGUGCUUAGGGAUGAUGGGCUGCUGUACAAGAAACGAUUGGAAGAUAAUGGUGUCCAGGUGACCUGGUGCCACCUGAAGGAUGGCUUCCACGGAGUGGUCGCUAUAGCUAAAAUGUACGGAAUUAUUUCAUUUGAGGCUGGCUUGACAGGAAUCAAUGCCAUGGCGAAAUUUAUAAGAAGUUUAUAAAGAAAACCCUGUUCUUCAUGCUGGAAGCCUGGCAUUCUCUUUUCAAAUUUGCUUCUCUUAGCCAUUGGAAAAAUGCCAUGACCCUCUCAGCUGUCAGAGGUUUUAAGUCAACUCUGAAUUUCCAUCCUUGGAGCUGCCCUCUCAUAUUUUGCUCAAGGUGCUCAAAUUAGUGACUGCUUUUUCUGUCUGCUUGUAGUCGCUGCAGCCAGAUGAACCUUCAAUUCACUGACUCCCCUCCUCCUGAUACUUGGGAGGAUGAAUCUGCAGAAUAGGUGGAACAGUGAUUUGGGGUGGAGGGGUGAGGCACAAAUUCUGGUACUUUGUCCAGAAAGACAUAUAUUUGUUGCAGGUUGAAUCAAAGUGAAAGCUGAAGGGUCCUAGUGAAAUGAACGGAUUUAAGGAUAGUUGUUUCCAGAUUAUUCAAUCAAAGCAGCAUGUCCCAUCAGUCUAACACUGUUCAUAUUUCCUGGUAAUUUAUCAGACAAUGUAUUCCUUCCAGAUGUUGCAAGAAGUAAAAUGGUCUGAAAUGAAAUCUCUGUGCUUAGUUAUCAUGAGGAUAUUUGCUGGUCAGCCACCACAAAAAGGGCUUGUCCCAAGGGAUCCUUAGCCUGCUAGAGCAGAAAGCAUUUUGAUAAAUAGAUUGCUUGUGAUGACCUCUGUUAUGUGAUGCUUCAAAACGAUUAGCACAGCUUUGCCAUGAACCUGUACAUUUAUUUAAGACUUUACAUGGAGAAAUUGUUGUGCAUAUGUGAAAGAAUGACUAUGCUUUAUCCCUUUAGGGACAAAUGGCCUUCAUUGGUUGGCAUUUUAAUAACAGAAAUAGCUACACAAUAUUACUGGGGAUUUUCAUGGGCAUGUUCCUUUCCCCUGCAAGUCUUCUUGUCAUUUAACUCUGAACUGUAUAAAGGGUUCAACAUAUUAGAUAAAUGCAGUGU